AGUCCUUGGAGCACGCGUUUAUUUUCCCAUGACGCACUGUUCUGUGUAAGAACUUACAAUAUAUUAUAAUUAUAUAUGGAAAUUUUAUAAAAAAAUUUCUCAAGAAAAGCUCAGAACUUUGUGUAAUGCCAGAUGAUUUUACUUGUCAAGUAAGGAUCCUUGGAGGUUUAGACUUUCGUGGUAAGCUAUCUGCCAAAAUCUCUCAUCGAUUCACAAUUUUUAAAUUGGAAGAGAUUUUGAAUUUGAAAAAAAUUUGUACGUAAAUUUUAUUGCAGAGAUAUCCAUAUGAUUCGAAAGUAUGAAGUUUUUAAAUUCUAUCCAGUUCAUCUCACUUUGAUUUUGAAAUAUUUCUUACAGAGUGAGCUUCAUUACACGGAUAUCAUCACAUUGAAGAUGAAUGCAAGUCAGUCUAAUGAAGGAGAUGGCUCAAAACUGGAAAGUUUAGGUCUGUUUAUUUUUGUGUUCAGUUUAACACUGAGAAAAUGAAAAUGAUAUAAAGAAAAAGGAAUGUCGAAAAUGCAACAAACUAAGCCAAAUUUUGGUUUAGUUUGUUGCAUCUUUAUUUUUCAACAUUCUUUAUUUUCUCUCGCCAUGAGGUACAUUUUACAGGGUGUCCACGCGGGCCUUGGAAAUCCUGGAAAGUCCUUGAUUUGGAAAAAAAUUCCAGGACUGGAAAGUCCGUGAAAUUCAGUAAAGUACUUGAAAGUCGUGGAAUUAAUUUCCUUAACCUCCGGCUGUGCCAACAUUAGUGAUUUUGAUUAAAAUUACUGAAUAAAGUGAGGCAAAUCCCUGCCAUUUUCAAAGAUUUUUCCCAGUUCUAGGUCCUUGAAUUUACUCAAAAAGGGCCUUGCAAUUUCACCUUCAAAAAGUCUUGGAAUUUCACCUUCACCAAAGGGUGGACACCCUGAUUUCAAAAGUUUCAAAAAAUGUUUAACUAUUUUGGGAUUUUAUUUCAAGGCAAAUAAUAUCAUUGUUUUCAAUGCCAUUUUAGGAUGUGGAACUGCGUUCGAUUUUCACAAGACAACAGACUACUUGUUUUUAGUCGGUAAGUCUAUUUGGAUUUUUUCUAAGAUCAAUGAAUAAAGAUACAAGACGGUUUAUACAUAAAUUAUGCGGAGCAUGUACAUUUUUCAAUCUUACUCUGUGCUCAGGUACCGAAGAGGGGAAGAUUCAUAAAUGUUCCAAAGCUUAUUCAAGUCAGUUCUUAACCACAUUUCAGGUAAGUAUAUAUCAUAGCAACCUUUGGCGAUGCAUCGUUUGGUGUUGAAAGGUUUACAAAUUUUUGUUCACAUUCUUACCCUAUGGCUUUUAUUAUUGAUAUUGUUGGUAUUUUGGAUAUCGUUAAAUGUUUUAAAAUGACGACUUUUAAUUUCUGAAUAUUGUUAAACUUUGUUGUAAAUGUGCUGUGUUUGUUUGCAUUUGUUGUUUGUAUAUUUUUUCAACCAGGCUCAUCACAUGGCUGUUUAUGCUGUCAAAUGGAAUCACUUCCACCCAAAAACGUUCAUUUCGUGCAGUGCAGAUUGGACAGUUAAAGUUUGGGAUCAUACUUACAAGUACGUUAUUUAUCAUUUUCCAAUGCUAUGGAGUAACAACGGAUUGUGGGCAACUUGUUGUUGAAUGUUUUGCUCAAUUUGGAUAAAUGUCGUUUUGUUUGUUGUUAUUAGAUGUUGUUGUUGUUGUUUUCUACUCCUGCUGGUGUUGUUGUUAUUGAUGAUGAUGGCAUGUUGUUGUUGUUGUUGUUACUGUUGGUUUUGUUGUUGUUAUUGAUUAUGAUGUUGUUGUCGUUGUUACUGCUUGUGUUGUUGUUGUUGUUGUUGUUGCUAUUGAUGAUGAUGAUGAUGAUGGUGGUGGUGUUGUUGUUGUUGUUGCUGUUGUCGUCAUUGUUGUUGUUGUUGUUGUAGUACAGUAUAGUACUUAGUAAAACCAGUCAUUUUAGACUCUUUAGGGAGUUCUUACUGCACCUUGUACUCUUUUCAGCGAGCCAAUGUUUACCUUUGAUCUCAAUAAUUCCGUUGGAGAUGUUGCCUGGGCUCCCUAUGCUUCCACGGUAUUUGCUGCAGUCACUGCGGAUGGCAAGGUGUGUUGAACUAGCUCCCAUGUAACCAGAAUUUCAGUUGGGUGUAAUGGGGGGGGGGGAGGGAGGGGUUAUUCGGGAGAUAGGCUUAAUAGUUACAUUACAAUAUCACUCUGCGAAAAGGUUUGAAAGAGUGAAAUUGGUUUCCUUAAAUUAGUGUGUAUUGACAGUUGUAUCGUUUGCUUUAGGUUCACGUGUAUGAUCUUGUUAUCAAUAAAUAUGAACCGAUAUGCGAGCAAUCUAGUAAGAAUACCGCAAAAUUAUUCCAAAUUUCCAAGUUGUCCUAUUUGAAAAGUUGCAGGUUAAAAUAAUCUUCUUUUUCAGUUGUUGCUAAGAAGAAAACGAAAUUGACACAUCUAUCGUUCAAUCCUAUUCAUCCUUUAGUUAUAGCAGGAGACGACAGGUAGAGUUGAAAUUCUGUAUGUUCCUACUGAAAUUUUAUGAAACUUUAUGUUCGUACUGAAAUAUUUGUCAUAUCUGUAUUUCAAACUCAUUAAUAAUUCAUGAGUAAAUUAGCCAACCAUAUUGCUUUAUUUUGAUCACAUGAUAAUACUGGAUACCUGGUGAAAUAUAUUGAUCCAGUAAGGCAGUCUUAACUUUUCGUCCAUUUUUAGCCAUCCCAAAAAGUAAAUUCAUGUUGGAAUUUUCUAUUUCUCAGAGGUUAUGUUUCAUCACUUAAACUUUCGCCAAAUUUGAGGAAAGCGACAGCACCGAAGGUAUUGAACUACAAUAGAUAAGUAUUAUAAUGAUUCUCUCUGAAGAGUCGCGAUCUUUCUCAGGACCCUGGUUUUACUGUUUUGUUUUGUUUUUUUCGGUAGGAAAAGGCAAAAGGUCCAGAGAAUGAAAUUGCCAAGAUGGAUAAGUUGCUCAGCCUUGUUCGUGAACCUUCGGAGAAAAAAUAAAUAAACUGCCUUGGAGUUAUUUCAUUCAAUUUAUCUAUUUAUUCCAUACAAGAUCUCGAAGUAUCUCGAGUAUUAUGUAUAGGAGGCGGUUUGUUUUAUUGGGAUGGUUUGUUUUACUUCUUUGUAAAUUGUGACUGAAUUCUGCUGCUCGCCUCACAUUAUCAAUUAUGAUAAUAUAAUAUUGUAAAUAUCUUUGGCAUAUUUUCUUCUACAUAUAUAAAGGCCCAUAUAUAAAUAUGAGUCGUCGAAAAUGUACGUUCUAACUUGUCUUUUCAAACUUUAACAAACAACGCG